UCAACGGCAAAACAGCAACAUUUAGCGGGCAGGCAGGCACAGGAAAGACAAAUCCAUGACCCGAAGUUGGAGGAUGCAGACCAGGCCCUCAGUGAGCUCCAGCCUAGGCCCUUUAAGGAUUUUCGGUUAGUCCUGCGGGCCAACAAUUUUGAAAGGUGUUCCUUUAGCAAAGACUGUCCCUUCAAGUUUCAGGACUCUGGUAAAAUUGAAAUGCAUUCCGUUUGCCAUAAGGACAACAUCUGCGAAUGCGGCUUGGCUUGGCACCCUUGCUAUGCUCACCUCUUUAAAGCCCAUAGUGAACUGUCUGCAGUCUCGCUGAAGUGGCGGCCCAGGGUGCUCCGCUAUCUGGCCAUCGUUUAGCGGAUGAAGAACUUGUAGAAACAGUUCGCCGAAAGGGCCAUACAACAGGCCACCCCGCCUCUUUCUCCCAAGAAGAACAAAUACUAGGCGGAGAAGACCUAUGAUAUCUGCAGUCAACGCUUUAUUUGCAUUGUGUGCGGCACGAAGUCGGUGCACAAGGCGAACUUAAUAGUAAGGUUUCCACCCAAAUUCUCUUUAUUACUAGCAACCUCUACGUCAAUUCACGUCCACAUGCGCCAGCACAUCAGCGAGAAGGCAAUGUAGUGCGGCGAGUGCAAGUCCUCCAUUCGCGAUCCCAGUAUUCUGCACAAGCACUAGCGUCGGCAAUGGCUCGGAAGCCAGGAUGGCUAAAGCAGCGUCAAGUGCGGACAUGUGGAGGUCAAUGCCAAAAGUUUGUUGUCACACAAGCAGGAUCAUUAGGGACUAAUCACAAACUGUGAGGAUUCCAUGGAUUCCACACAGGCUAAGGCCGGCUUCAAGUAUCCCCGCACGAUGGCCGACCAGAAUGGAGACGUAAGUUCAUAAUGUUUUAUACCCAAGAAACUCGUUGACUCGCAGCCCCAUGAUCCAGCCGUGGACACGGGUGAAGUGACCAUACCAGCUCCACCCUCUGAGAAUACUCAGUUUCCCACGUACUAGAAAGAUUAG